UGACAAAAUGGAACCCACCAGCAGUGUGAGGAGACCUGAAAGUGGCACAUGGCAGAGUGUGGCGAUGGAGACAGCAGCAAUGGGAGGCCGUACAGGGACCCAUGAGACACUCUGGACCUGGCAGCAGCAUGAGGAGGCGGUACGGGGGCCCAUGGCAGAUUACGGGCCUGGCAGCAGCAAUGGGAGGCCCGUAAUCUGCCAGCACCCUAUGACAAAAUGGAACCCACCAGCAGUGUGAGGAGACCUGAAAGUGGCACAUGGCAGAGUGUGGCGAUGGAGACAGCAGCAAUGGGAGGCCGUACAGGGACCCAUGACACACUCUGGACCUGGCAGCAGCAUGA